CUCAGGUCAAAUCACACAGACGGCAGGACUAACGAAGGAGAAUGAGCAGCUUUUUCUCUCCAAAUGUUUUUAUUCGACACAUGAAGGUGGAAAGUGUCUUUAAGUUGAUCUGAAGUGAGUUCAGCAGGUGUGGCUCUCCUAUGAAUCCGCGUGAGGACAAAGAGGAUGGAGUCCCACCCUCUAAAAUCACUCUGUGGAGGGAACGUGAGAACCAGAACAAAGCUCAGAGGAUUCGUCAGCGGGAAGCUGACUCUCCUGAACCCAUCUGCGUUUCCAUGAAGAGUGACAACUCCAUGUAUCGACCUACUGUCUUCAAACCCAAAAGCCACUCAGUUGGUGAAGAAAUGUGUGAGUCACCAGACUCCCCCGGACCAAGCUUUGUUUCCAUGAAGAGUAACUACUCCAUGUAUCGACCGACUGUUUUCAAAGGAAAACACGGCUUCACUGUUAAAGGGAUCAGCGACCAAAGAGGAGUCUCUCCUACACCUAGCAGUGUUUCCAUGAAGAGUGACAAUUCCAUGUAUCGACCUACUGUCUUCAAAAAGAGGCAUCACUCUGUUGAUGAAGUGAUCUCUCUAACCGCAGACUCUCCUCAACCCAGUGGUGUUUCCAUGAAGAGUGACAACUCCAUGUAUCGACCUACUGUCUUCAAACAGGGAUGCCAGGAAGAAUUCCUUUAUGACCAGAGCUUAGAGAACCUCAGUGGUCAUUCCAACCAGCAAUACCGAGCAAACCUGAACGCCGUAUUUCUGCUGCUGGAGGAGAACAUUGUCAGUUACGCGAAGAACGAGUUGAAGAAACUCCAGAAGAUUCUGAGUCCAGAUUACCCAGAAGGCCUAGAGAGUCAGAGAGAGGAGGAGGAGGAGGUGUUGGAGGGUGAAGAUGAAGAGCAGAGGAGAAGCAGCAGAGAGUCGUUUCUGAAGAUCACACUACACUUCCUGAGGAGAAUGAAGCAGGAGGAGCUGGCUGACUGUCUUCAGAGCAGAAUCGGUACUACUGUGUGCAGACAGAGACUGAAAUCAACACUGAAGAAGAAGUUCCAGUGUGUGUUUGAGGGGAUCGCUAAAGCAGGAAACCCAACUCUUCUGAAUCAGAUCUACACAGAGCUCUACAUCACAGAGGGAGGAACUGCAGAGGUCAAUGAUGAACAUGAGGUCAGACAGAUUGAAACAGCAUCCAGGAAACCAGACAGAGCAGAAACAACCAUCAGACAAGAAGAUAUCUUUAAAGACUCACAUGGAAGAGAUGAACCAAUCAGAACAGUGAUGACAAAGGGAGUGGCUGGCAUUGGGAAAACUGUCUUAACACAGAAGUUCACCCUGGACUGGACUGAAGACAAAACCAACCAGGACAUCCACUUCACAUUUCCAUUCACUUUCAGAGAGCUGAAUGCACUAAAAGAGAAAAAGUUCAGUUUGGUGGAUCUUGUUCAUCACUUCUUUACUGAAACCAAAGAAGCAGGAAUAUGCAGCUUCCAACACUUCCAGGUUGUGUUCAUCUUUGACGGUCUGGAUGAGUGUCGACUUCCUCUGGACUUCCACAACAACGAGAUCCUGACUGAUGUUACAGAGUCCACCUCAGUGGAUGUGCUGCUGACAAACCUGAUCAGGGGGAAACUGCUUCCCUCUGCUCGCCUCUGGAUAACCACACGACCUGCAGCAGCCAAUCAGAUCCCUCCUGAGUGUGUUGACAUGGUGACAGAGAUCAGAGGGUUCACUGACCCACAGAAGGAGGAGUACUUCAGGAAGAGAUUCAGAGAUAAGAAGCAGGCCAUCAGCAUGAUCUCCCACAUCAAGACAUCCCGAAGCCUCCACAUCAUGUGCCACAUCCCAGUCUUCUGCUGGAUCACUGCUACUGUUCUGGAGGAGAUGUUGAAAACCAGAGAGGGAGGAGAUCUGCCCAAGACCCUGACUGAGAUGUUCAUCCACUUCCUGGUGGUUCAGACCAAAGUGAAGAAUGUCAAGUAUGAUGGAGGAUCUGAGACAGAUCCACACUGGAGUCCAGAGAGCAGGAAGAUGAUUGAGUCUCUGGGAAAACUGGCUUUUGAACAGCUGCAGAAAGGAAAUCUGAUCUUCUAUGAGUCAGACCUGACAGAGUGUGGCAUCGAUAUCCGAGAGGCCUCAGUGUAUUCAGGAGUGUUCACACAGAUCUUUAAAGAGGAGAGAGGACUGCACCAGGACAAGGUGUUCUGCUUCGUCCAUCUGAGUGUUCAGGAGUUUCUGGCUGCUCUUCAUGUCCAUCAGACUUUCAUCAAGUCUGGUAUAAACUUACUCGUAGAGCAACACCAGGCAACCUAUAAGACACCAAAGGCAUUCAAAGACAAAACUAAACUAAAACGUCUACACCAGACAGCUGUGGACGAAGCUUUGCAGAGUCCAAAUGGACACCUGGACUUGUUCCUUCGUUUCCUCCUUGGUCUUUCACUGCAGACCAAUCAGAAUCUCCUACGAGGCCUGCUGACAGAGACAGAAAGUCACUCACAGACAAAUCAGGAGACUGUCGAGUACAUCAAGACAAAGAUCAGUGAGAAUCUGUCUGCAGAGAGAAGCAUCAAUCUGUUCCACUGUCUGAAUGAACUGAAUGAUCGUUCUCUCGUGGAGGAGAUCCAACAGUCCUUGAGAUCAGGAAGUCUCUCUACAGAUAAACUGUCUCCUGCUCAGUGGUCAGCUCUGGUCUUCAUCUUACUGUCAUCAGAAGAACAUCUGGAGGUGUUUGACCUGAAGAAAUACUCUGCUUCAGAGGAGGCUCUUCUGAGGCUGCUGCCAGUGGUCAAAGCCUCCAACAAAGCUGUGCUGAGCAACUGUAACCUCUCAGAGAUAAGUUGUGAAGCUCUGUCCUCAGUUCUCAGCUCUCAGUCCUCUAGUCUGAGAGAUCUGGACCUGAGUAACAACGACCUGCAGAAUUCAGGAGUGAAGCUGCUUUCUGUGGGACUGAAGAGUCCACACUGUGAACUGGAAACUCUCAGUCUGUCAGGUUGUCUGGUCACAGAAGAAGGUUGUUCUUCUCUGGUCUCAGCUCUGAGCUUCAAUCCCUCCCAUCUGAGAGAGCUGGACCUGAGCUACAAUCAUCCAGGAGACUCAGGAGUGAAUCUGCUUUCUGCUGCAGUGGAGGAUCCACACUGGAGACUGGACACUGUGAGUGUGGACUUUAGUGGAAAGCAGAGGCUGCAGCCUGGCUUUAGGAAGUAUGCCUGUGAAGUCACUCUGGACCCAAACUCAGCACACAGAAACCUCAAACUGUCCGACAACAACAAGAGAGUGGAAGUGGUGAACGAGCAGCAGUCGUAUCUCGAUCAUGCAGAGAGAUUUGAUAUCUUCUGUCAGCUGCUGUGCAGCAAAGAUCUGGCCAGUCGUCAAUAUUUUGAGGUUGAGUGGAGUGGAAAGGUUGAUAUAGCAGUGGCCUACAGAGGGAUCAGGAGGAGAGGAUACAGCAGGAACUCCAGGUUUGGAGGGAACAAUCAGUCGUGGUGUCUGAGCUGCGCUGAUUAUUUUUACUCUGUCUGGCACAACAACAAAGAGAAGACUAUCUCUCUCCCUUCCUCCUCCAUCUCUAACAGAGUAGCAGUGUACGUGGACCAUCCUGCUGGCAUUCUGUCCUUCUACAGAGUCUCUUCUGACUCUCUGAUCCACCUCCACACCUUCAACACCACAUUCACUGAACCUCUGUAUCCUGGGUUUCGAGUCUGGAGUGGUUCAGUGUCUCUGUGCUCAAAGACUCCUCUUGUGAAACACAGAAUACCCAAACUAUCACAGUCUACUGGAUAUGUACGCCACUUCUAAGUUUUGUCAGAUUGUGCAACUAUGUUGCCACUUUUACUCCGUAUGUAAAGAUUUCCAUGACGGUCUAUUUUUAUGCAUACUGGUGGAAAAGACCAGUAUGUUCAGAUCAGAUGGUUAUCGAGUAAAGCUGAGGGACCUUGUGACCUUGUUUCUGCUUGCACUUGCUACCCAGAGUCAUUUAUUUGUUAUAUUGUCCUUCAGGGACUACACUGUAUUUGAACAAGCUGCUAGUCUUUCCUCAAUUUAAAAUGAUUUUCUUUUUAUAAUGGAAAUACUGGCCUAUUACCAAACCAGUAUAAAUUUAUUAAUAUUUCAUUCAUAUCUAUCCAUUUAAGGAAUUUGGUUCAUUUUGGUUGUGGUGUAAUUCCUCUUUAUCUUAUGUCUAUGAAGUACCUUGGAAAGUAUGGGAAACACAUGAUUUGUCUGUACGAAUGUUGUAUUGUUUUAUUUAAUAUAAUUCAUGUGUAUUAUUAUAUUUUAUCUUUUACAUGUAUUAUGUUUUUAUAUUUGCCUGUAAAGCAUUUUGUAUGUGACAGUAAUGUGGCCUAUUUCUAACUACAUGCAAUUUAGUGUGCAGGCAGGUUUAAUUUAAGGAAGGAUCAAACAUAUCAAAGGAUUUAGCUUUAACUGUAUCAGACACAUUAAGUCUCUAUCUCUGGUGGUUCCUCUUUUGCUGUUCCCUGCUUCUCAUCUGUCUUUUGUAGAUUUUGAUGUUCAGAUUUAAUGCAGAAAUUUGAAAGAAUAUGACUGAAAUGAAAUCUGAGGAGAUGUCUCAUUAAUUUAUUCAUUUCCAUCCUCAUUUUUGUGAAGGUGAAUCUUUGAAUGUAGCCUUUGAUUUGUACUUUUCCUUAAAGUCAUGGUUGUUGUGUAAUAAAUCAAGCAAACUGCUUUAUUGUGUUACUAUAACAUUUUUUUAGCUGACAGUUUCAUAAAGCUUUUGCUGUUUCUCUUCUGACUCCCUGUUAUAUAAGGUGGUG